CGAAGAAGUUGACGAAGGCCAAUGCUGGUCGCAACUUGGCGAACAUGGUCAAGUCAUACCUGAAAUACGAACACGACAAGUCGUUUGGCAUCGUUGCCUCCAGUACUUCGAAUCUCGUCUGGACGUCGAGGGACCGAACGGGCGUCGGCGCGGGACAAGCCAUCGCCGCUGCGAACGAGGAGGUUCUGUGCUGGGAUAUCAAGAAAGGCGAGCUUGUUGGCCGCUGGAGAGAUGAACGAUGUACGGUCCCCGUGACUGCGAUCGCCCAGAGCAAGGCCGACAAGGACGUUUUCGCCGUGGGGUACGAGGACGGCAGCAUUCGACUCUGGGAUAGCAAGAUUUCCACCGUCAUUGUCAACUUCAAUGGCCACAAAUCCGCCAUUACCAAACUUUCUUUCGACAAAUCUGGAGUCAGGCUUGCUAGCGGUUCCAAGGAUACCGACAUUAUCGUCUGGGAUCUCGUCGCUGAGGUUGGCCAGUUCAAGUUGCGAGGACACAAGGAUCAAGUGACGGGCCUUCAGUUCGUGGAGCCAGAGCCGCAAGUCGAAGGCGAAAAUGGCGCGCAAGCAAUGAUUAUCGAUGGCGAAGGAGCAUCUGACGGCUUCCUUUUGACCACGGGCAAGGAUUCUCUCAUCAAGCUCUGGGACCUGACCUCGAGACACUGUAUUGAGACGCACAUCUCACAAACCAACGGCGAGUGCUGGGCUCUUGGACUCUCUCCCGACUACAGUGGCUGCAUUACAGCCGGAAACGAUGGAGAAAUCAAGGUUUGGUCCUUGGACGCGGAUGGCCUUGCGCUGAGCGCCCGUCGGGUAGAUAUGCCCGCCGCGACUCAGUUCCUCCACGACCGAGGAACCCUCCAUCGCCAAAGCAAAGACAGAGCGACUGAGGUGAUUUUCCAUCCCAAACGGGACUACUUUGCCGUACAUGGCUCAGAAAAGGCAGUGGAUGUGUGGCGGAUACGAACGGAGUCCGAGAUCAAGAAAGGUCUAGCUCGCAAGCGGAGAAGACGUCGCGAGAAGCAGAAGGACGGAAAACCCGCCGACGAAGAGAUGGCAGACGGAGAAGAUAAGCCGGAGGAUGUGUCCAAGGCUGAUGUCGGCGACGUCUUCGUGCAAUACGUCAUUCUGCGGACGGGUGGAAAGGUUCGAUCUGUUGACUGGGCCUUGCCGGCUGGACAAAAGGACCUCCAUCUGCUGGUGGGGACAACGAACAACCAACUGGAAUACUACAGCCUACCAGCAAAGGAGAAGAGCGAGAAAUCGAAAAAGGAAGAUGUUCCUGACUAUACUCGGGCCCUCUCUGUCGACCUACCCGGCCAUCGAACGGACAUCCGAGCUCUGUCAUUGAGCUCGGAUGACAAAAUGUUGGCAUCAGCAUCAAAUGGCAGCUUGAAGAUCUGGAACAUCAAGACUCAAAACUGUAUCCGGACAUUUGAGUGUGGCUAUGCGUUGUGCUGUUCGUUCCUGCCAGGAGACAAGGUGGUUGUUGUUGGAACGAAGAGCGGCGAGUUGCAGCUCUUUGACGUUGCCUCAGCCGCUCUCCUCGAUAGCGUUGACGCUCAUGAGGGUGCAAUUUGGUCGCUUCAUGUCCACCCCAAUGGCCAGUCAGUUGUUUCUGGAAGUGCUGACAAGUCCGCCAAGUUUUGGGACUUCAAGAUUAUCCAAGAAGAAGUUCUGGGUACGACAAGGACGACGGCAAAGCUGAAGCUGGUGCAAUCUAGGGUGAUGAAGGUUUCAGAUGAUAUUCUCAGUCUCAAAUUUUCACCAGAUGCAAAGCUACUCGCUGUUGCCCUUCUUGACAACACUGUGAAGGUCUUCUUUGUCGACUCCCUGAAGCUCUACCUUAAUCUCUACGGACACAAGCUUCCCGUGCUCAGCAUGGAUAUUUCAUACGACAGCAAGUUGAUCGUCACUAGCUCAGCAGACAAGAACAUUAGAAUUUGGGGCCUCGACUUUGGCGACUGCCACAAGGCUCUCUUUGGACACCAAGACAGUAUUCUCCAGGUCGCGUUCGUCCCGCACAACUCGGACGGAAACGGUCACCACUUCUUCAGCAGCAGUAAGGACCGCACUAUCAGAUACUGGGAUGGCGACAAGUUUGAACAAAUCCAAAGACUUGAUGGCCACCAUGGUGAGGUCUGGGCUAUCGCCAUCAGCCACACUGGAAACUUCGUGGCCAGUGCCGGCCACGACAAGAGCAUCCGAGUUUGGAAUGAGACGGAUGAGCAAAUCUUCCUCGAGGAAGAACGCGAGAGGGAAAUUGAGGAACUGUACGAGAGCACUCUGACCACCUCCCUGGAACGAGAACCGGAUGCCCAGGAUGAGAACGGCGAAGUCGGAGCCGCUAGCAAGCAGACCACCGAGACUCUUAUGGCCGGAGAGCGAAUAGCAGAGGCCCUCGAGAUGGGCAUGGCGGACCUCAACCUGCUGAAGGAGUACGAAGAGGCCAAGCUCACAAACCCUCACGCAAUGCCCCCGCAACGAAAUCCCGUCUUCCUCGCUCUUGGCAACAUCACGGCCGAGGCGCACGUCAUGUCGGUGCUGCAGCGCAUCAAGGCCUCGGCUUUACACGACGCCCUGCUAGUCCUCCCCUUUGCCUCCGUUCCGAUCCUCUUCACCUUCCUCAACAUCUUUGCUAUGCGCUCGAUGAACAUCCCCCUCACGUGCCGCAUCCUCUUCUUCAUGCUCAAGACCCACCACAAGCAGAUCGUGGCGAGCCGCACUAUGAAGGUCAUGCUAGACGGCAUCCGAGUAAACCUCCGGGGGGCGCUCAAGCGCCAGAAGAACGAGAUGGGCGUCAACAUUGCGGCGCUCAAGGUGGUGGGCAUGCAGAUCCGCGACAAGAACAUCAAGGAUUACGUGGAUGAGAACUGGGAGGAGGAGAACGAGGAGAGGAGCGCCAAGAAGCGCGCGUUUGUUCAUGUUGCCUGAUGUAGACGAAUCCAUUAUUUGAAGGUAGAUAAAAGUGUAUAGAAUUGGACUACGAUUUCAUUUCCCUUGUCCUCUCUUGCAAGAUGUGAUGUGAGGCUGCUUUCAGUGGUUGAUGUAAAUGAAUUGUCUUUGAAUGAUGCCCCC